ACGGAAGCCAAUCACAGAAGAAGUAACAAGAGUAAGACAUUUAAACUACCCAAUCAUAAUUUGGCGUGAUGCGUCAGCUGUAGGUGAAAGUGCAGCAGCUGAUAUUAACAGACAAACCGGAGGAAACAAGAGGAAAAAAUACAGUUUGAAUCAAACAACAUUUUUAAAAGCAUGAAGGCCCGAUCUUCUUCCCCAGUUCAUGUACAUGUAAACAAAAUCACUCCUGUUUAUGUGCAUGUGCAAAGAAGCAAGUCUGUUCCAGCUUUAAUUGAGAAGUCCCAUGUUGUCAUAUCAGCAUCUGCAACAAACCCAGAACGUAUGAGUACAAAGAAAGAGGGGAAAAGAAUGGUUCAGAAGAAGGACAGGAUGCCAAAGCAGAGUCACAAGGAGAGGGCUCCACACAAAUCAACUAUAACUUCUAGACAAGCAGAAAAGAUCUCUUCAGUGAUCCAUUCGAGUGACUUUGACUUUAAGAAGGAUGCUCUCGAUAGACAUGGUUAUGACCUCAGAGUUGAAAUGGAAGGUCUUGGACACAAGUUUUCAGAGAACAGGAGAAAGGAUUUUUUAGAAGAGGUGUCAGAGGACCUGAUCUCUACAACAACAGAGGACAUGGAACUUGCAGCAGACCUAACUGGAUACUCGGCGGGGCUUGAGAACCGAACCCAAGGGAGCAUCAGACUGCACAAUAGCCCUUCCACUCUACUCGGAGAUCUACAAAUGAAUAGGUUGGGAAAAGAUGGUCAUGCUGAGGACAAGAGGUCUUUGUUGAAAACGCUCAUUGAAGCAGAAAUGGCAGCCAACUCUGCAGCAAUACAGCUAGUUUCAUUUAAGGAUUCGGUUGCUGAAUAUUCCGAUGAUGGAAGACUUGCUAAUCAAGAUGUGAUGAGGAUGUCCAGACAGAGAAAUCUUUUGCUGGAGAAGCUGGAUAACUUUAAAGUCAUCAAUAAAACACUCCGUCACCUACUGAAGGAUCUGCAGGGUGAAGAAACCAGUCGUCUUCAAGCUGACAAACACGUUGAUGUUUUACUGAAGAAGCUGACAGAGGCUGAAUCUGAGAACAUGCAUUUAAGAAGAAGAAUUGAUGAAAAAGAGAGAAUUAUUGAAGAACUUAGAGAUAUGCGUCAAAAGGACAGGGACAACACUGAUACAGUCGUCCAGCUAUCCAAGUCGGUGGAGGCAACUCGGGCUCACUUGCAAGGGCAGCUACGUAACAAAGAGUCUGAGAAUAGCAGGAUGACUACACAAUUACGGGGUCUUGAGCAAACAGUAACUGAACGAAAACUUGAGAUUGAACAUCUGAAAAGCCAAAUAUCACAUGUAAAAGAGAAGGCUGAUCAAGAGAAAGAAGCUCUUAAAAAAGCCACACGAGCUCAGAAGCAAAGAGCAGUACGUUUUGAGAGAGCAGUUGAAAAACUUCAGGAUCAGCUUAAAGAUAAGGAUAUUAAGCUGAUUGAAGCACGCUCUGCUGCAAACACAUGGAGAAGUCAUCAAGAACAGAGCACUGAGGAAAAAGCUCAACUGGAAGCCAAGAUCACAACUCUCCAACAUCAGAUUACUGACUUGAUUGAACAGCUGCAGAAAGCCAGAGAUGGUGCCAGAAUUUCAAGUGAAGACAUCUUACAGAAAGUAGAGGCUGUCAACUCUGAGACUGCCAAUCUUAACCUUGAAAAUGCUAGACUAAAGGCAUCUAUAGCUGCUUUGGAAGAACAAGCCACUUGCACUGAAGCAGAACUCAAAGAACAAAAAGAAAAUGCUGAUCAACACAAAGACCUUGCUGAGCAGUAUAAAACCCAGGUAAAAGAUUUGCAGAAGGAAGCAGAGGAACUGAAGACUAGGUUUGAACACGUUUUAAAAGAAAAUGAACUUUCAAAAGACACCAAAGAAACAGAGGUUUCAAAAGUGAAAAGGCAUCUGGAGGCUCGUGUGAAGGAGCUAGAAACUUUCCCUGAUUUACUGAAGGCAGCUGAGCAAAGGCUGCAGGACUGCCAGGAAAACCUCCUGAGCUGCGAGCGAAGAUACUCACACAAGUCACAUGUUGUUAGUCAGCUGCAGGUCAAGGUGGAAAAUCAAACACAACUGCUAGAAUCAUCCAGAGAAAAAGUAGGUUUACUGCACAAGGAAAAUCUUGAGUUACAACUCAAAUUGGAUGCUGUUCAUAGGAAAAUAGAAGAUGUUCAGUCAGAGAAUCAGCAGCUUGUUCAGGAACUGUCAAGGCAAGAAGAAGCGCUCCAUUACAGUGGGAAGCAGCUGGAGGAGAGGUCAGCUCAAUGUCUUGCUCUUACUCGGCAGUUGGAAGCAGCUCUGGCAGAUGUUAGAAAACAGGUUACCGACUUGAAGGACAAAGCGUCUGACAAGGAAAGAGCACUCCAGAGCAAAAUACUGGAGUUAGAAACUGAAAACAGCAGAAGAGAGAAGGAGCUAAAACAACUGAAGCAAGCAAAUAAAUCGGCAGAAAAACAAUUUGAAGUACGCUUAAAAGACCUGCAACUAAAUUUGGACCAAUCAGAAAGCCAUAAACAGAGCAUCCAGAACUAUGUGGAAUUUUUAAAAACAUCAUACAAUACCAUGUUUGGGGAAGGCAUUUCACCCAAUCUUGGAACCUCGUCUUUUUUUUAAAUAGAAAUUAUUCAGAUUAAUUGCCUAAAGCAGGAGACAACAACAAAACUUGUAUAAGGAAAACAUAUUUAUAAUUGUAAAAUAAACAUGAUCUGUGUUUGUAUAAUUACAGACCAAUGUGUUUGCACAAUAAAAGUGUGUGUCAUUUAUAUAAUUGUAUCCGCUUUAUGAUUUAAACAUGAUUGUCUGCCUUGUCUUACUGUCUGUGUAAAACAUUUACUGUAGUAUAAAUAACCCAUUAAUAAUCAACAAUGUACAAUGUCCUCUUUAGGAAGUCUGUAAACAACUAUAUGACGAUAUUGAACCUCGCACAACUGUUGCAGCUUUUAAUGGGUGAUAUGUGUAGGACAGGAUGUACCACAAAUCUUUAAACCUCCCCAGUGAAGGCGGCUUGGGGUGACCUGUAAUCACUCUGGGAUUGGAGUGUGGCUGUGUAUGUGCAGCAAUUAAACUAAAACUAAACGAAUGGACAUUGCCCAACUCUCAAGUAACUGCUUUCCUAGACUGUGUGCAAGGUCUUGAGUGCCUCCUGGGAUAUCACAGCUAUGGCCAAAGUUUUUAUCACCCUAUAGAAUUAACUAAUUUGAAUGAAACCUGCUGAAUAAUGUUGCUUUAUAGCUUUUUAAAUAAACUGCCUUGCAGUUUUUCAUAUCUGUACUUAACAAAAAUAACAAAUUGAAAAAUGUGACAUUUUGAAAUCGAACAUGAAAUACUGUACUACUAUUAUGGCUUCCAGUAGACUUUUGUGAUAUCAUUUUAUAGUUUCUUUGAUUACAUGAUGUUAAAUAAAAGAUCUAAAUUAUGUAAAUA